ACCUGCGAGAACCAGGAAAUCAUUAUUAGGACCCGACGAAAUCAAAAAUACUCACCAAAACUUCUCCCCGUUGAAACCCUGGUCGCCCUCUCCACCCUCCAUAUCCUCCAUAUCCUCCAUAUCCUCCACAUCCUCCACAUCCAGCCGCACUACAGGGACUAACCUCUGGCCGCACAGGAGCAGCAGCAGACGGGACCAGCCUGGCCCUGACCAGACCAGCACUGACCUGAUCAAGUCCGGCCGCAAGUUCUGCUGGUCCAGAGAAGCCCAGUACUUGUAUCUCCGCCGCCUCUCUUCACGCAGCUACUCGGCUAUUAUGAUGAACCCGGUCAUGGAGGAGACCGUGUGGGAGCAGUACACCGUGACCCUGCAGAGGGAUCCAAAGAUGGGCUUUGGCAUCGCAGUGUCUGGGGGGCGGGACAACCCAAACGAGGAAAGUGGAGAGACGUCCAUUGUGGUGUCCGACGUCCUGCAGGGAGGACCUGCUGAUGGCUUGUUGUUUGAGAAUGACCGGGUGGUGCAGGUGAACGCCAUCCCCAUGGAGGGGGCCGUCCACUCCUUCGCUGUCCAGACCCUCAGGAAGUGUGGCAAAGUAGCAAAAGUUACAGUCAAGAGGCCCAGGAAGGUUCCAGUCAAUAUGCUGAACCGCCCCCCGUCACCUGACGACAGAGUCUUCAACAACGACUACAAUGACGAUUACAACUACGAACAGGACGGUCGCAGUGUGUACAGCGCCCGGAGUGGCGGCGGGCGGGAUCACAGCCUGGAGAGGGAGCGAGGCGGGGGAGGCUACAUGGAUUCUGGCUACCAAACACGUGAGCGUGACUAUGACAGGGAAUAUGACCGGCGGGAACGCGGCAGGAGUGCGGAGAGAGAACUGAGCCCCGACCGGCAGUACAGGAGAGAUGGCAGCAGAGGUCGCACUUUGGACAGAGAACGCAGCCCGGAGCGCCCCUACAGGAGCGACCACUUGCUUGCCCGCGACUAUAGCCCGGACAGGAGGUACCGCAGCGAGCGCACAUUAGACCGAGAUCACAGUCCCGAUCGGCGCUACCGCAGCGAGCGUGCUCUCGACCGGGACCACAGCCCAGACAGACGCUACCGCAGCGAGCGAACCCUGGACCGCACCGACAGCCCAGACCUGCGCCGCAUACGUGACAGCCACAGCCCAGCUCGGGGCCCCGGUCGGGACCACAGCUUCGAACGGGGACGUGAGCACGUCCCCAGUGACCCAAGGAAGUACGAGGAGCCGCUGAAGCGGAGUGGGAGCAGAGACCGUCUGGAGCGCUCGCCAUCACCCGCCGCCAUGCCCAUCCCUCUGCCCCGCCCAGCCCGGGAUCUGGAGCCACUGGAGAAACCUCUGAAUGUGCUGCUGCUGAAGAACCGGCCCAAUGAAGAGUAUGGCCUUCGUCUGGGCAGUCAGCUCUUCAUCAAAGAGAUGACCAACACAGGACUUGCCAGCAGAGAUGGGAACUUGCAGGAAGGGGACAUUAUAUUAAAGAUCAACGGCACUGUGACAGAAAACCUGUCUCUGAGCGACGCAGGGAAGCUGAUUGAGAAGUCUCGCGGGAAGCUGCAGCUGGUGGUGCAGAGAGACAAGCGGCAGGUGUUGAUCCGAGUGCCCCCGAUGGUCGACAGCGACUCAGAGCUCGAUGAUAUCUCUGAGAUCGAGUCGUACCGCUCCUACUCUCCGCAGGAUGACAGACGGGGCCACCACUCCGACCUCUCCUCCCACUCCUCCAAUGAGAGGCUUAGAGAUAAACCCAGAGACGACCCGCCCAACAGGUUGGCAAAAAUGGGCGCCAUGCCAACGCCAUUCAGAGCUCCUGACAGAGCUGUUGAAGACACGCCCCCUUUGCAGGCAGAGAGGGAGGACACGCGAGCAGAAACACCACCAGUGCCAGCAUUCACUGUAGCCCCAAAGGUUCAUGCACCUCCCAAGGUGCCGCAAAAGCCAAGCAUAGAGGACGAGGAAAUAUACGGGCCGAACACAGUGAUGGUGCGUUUCCAGAAAGGUGACAGCGUGGGUCUGAGGCUGGCAGGGGGAAAUGAUGUAGGCAUCUUCAUCGCUGGUGUUCAGGAGGACAGUGCAGCUGAGCAGGAGGGUCUCCAAACAGGAGAUCAGAUCGUGAAGGUCAACAACAUGGAUUUCAGAGGCAUGGUGCGUGAGGAUGCUGUACUCUACCUCCUGGAGGUUCCCAAAGGAGAAGAUAUAACCAUUCUUGCUCAAAGCAAACCUGAAGUGUACAAGGACAUUUUAGCAUCUGGCAGAGGCGACUCUUUCUUCAUCAGGACACACUUUGAGUAUGAGAAGGAGGCUCCUCAGAGCCUUCCUUUCUCCAGAGGAGACAUCUUUAAAGUGACAGACACACUUUAUGAUGGAAAACUUGGCAACUGGCUGGCAAUUCGCUCUGACAAAGACAAUCAGCUGCUGGAGAAAGGAAUCAUCCCCAACAAGAGCAGAGCAGAGCAAAUGGCCAAUGUGCAGAAUGCCGCUCGGGCAGCGUCGGGCAACGACAGAGGAGACUUCUGGAGGCUGAGAGGUCAAAGGGCGGCAAAGAAGAAGGACUUACGCAAGAGCCGAGAGGACCUGACCGCGGCUCCAGUCACCACACGGUUCCCCGCCUACGAGAGAGUGGUCUUACGUGAAGCUGGAUUCAGGAGACCUGUGGUGAUAUUUGGGCCCAUCUCCGACGCAGUGAAUGAAAAACUGGCCAAUGACAUGCCAAACGAGUUUGUCAUCGCCAAAACGGAGCCCAAGGAUGCAGGAAGUGAGAAAUCCUCUGGAGUGGUGAGACUAAACACCAUCAGACAAAUCAUUGAGCAGGACCGUCACGCUCUGUUGGAUGUGACUCCCAAAGCUGUGGACACUCUGAACUACACCCAGUGGUAUCCCAUCGUUAUCUUCCUGAACCCAGACAGCAAGCAAGGCGUCAAGACCAUGAGGAACCGCCUCAUGACCGGAUCCAGCCGCAGCGCUCGCAAACUGUAUGAGCAGGCCGUCAAGCUGAGGAAGACGUGCUCACACCUUUUCACUGCGACCAUCGACCUGAACUCGGCCAAUGACGCGUGGUAUGGCAGCGUGAAGGAUUCCAUACAGGAGCAGCAGGACAGAGCUGUGUGGGUGUGUGAGGGCAAGUUGGACGGCUCAGAGGAGGACCUGGAUCUCCACGACGACCGCAUGUCCUACCUCUCGGCGAUGAGCGCGGACUACCUGAGCAUGGACAGCCGUCUGACCAGCGACUACGAAGACACGGCGGACGAGGGCGGGGCUUACACCGACAACGAGCUGGACGAGACGCUGGACGAGCCCCAGCCGGUGUCGGCCAUCAGUCGAUCCUCAGAGCCGGUGCUGCCAGAUGAGAAGCCUCACCCUGAACCCCGUGCUCGUAUGAGGAAGUCAGGGAGCAGAGAGGUGCUGAACAGAGAGCCCAGCCCUCCCCCUUCUUUUGUCCCCGAACCCCCAAAGGUGCGGACUCAGACUCGGACUGACUCAUCGCGGAGCUUUGACUCACACUCCAGCAGCACCAUCAGCAGCGACGCAGCGGCCGGAAACAAGCCGCUCCCCCCUCCCGUGGCCCUGAAGCCCACCGUCACCCGUCUGAACCAGCCAUUGGAGGAGCUGAGCCCGGGGAGGGAGGAGGACCCCGCAAACAAAUCCUUCCUGGGCAAGAUUAAAGCUUUUGAGAAGAUGGACCACUUGGCCCGAGCUCAGAGGAUGCUGGAGCUGCAAGAGGCCGAAAAUGCUCGAUUGGAAAUUGCCCAGAAGCAUCCAGACAUCUACGCCGUCCCAAUAAAACUGCCAAAACCCAACCUCAACCGUCCCCAGCCAAUUGGUUCCAGCUCCAAUCCCGAGCAGCAGACUCCCUUCAGGCCACCGUACUCGGAGAGCAGAGGGCACGAGGACGACGAGGCCGAGUACCGCAGACAGCUGGCCGACCAGACCAAGAGAGGGUACUACAAUGCUCAAAAAUACAAAGACACCGAACUGUAAGGUGGGAAACCAGGAAGUCACGAGCUGGAUUCCUCCCACGUCAUCACUACGAACAGACAGCGUUUGUUGCCUUGGUAACAGCCGGUGCAGCUUUACCUUGAUGUAAACUCUCAGAACUUUGUUGGUAGUCAGUCCUGGAAAGAAGCAGUACUGUUGUCUCGGUACACGUUGUACGUUGAGGCUGGCGACACAAUAUCGUUGUGUGUUUACCACUACGUAGCUGCUCAACAUAAAAUGGCAGAUUUUUCUGACGUACCUUUUCACAGACCUGAUAUUUCAGUGUAUAUAUUCUUUUUUAUGUCUCUGAAGAGGUUUUUAUUUUUCCCUGUUAAACACCUAGCCCCAGUUCUGCCCUCGUAGAGUCCCAGAGAUAAGCAUGUACUCCUGAAAGAUAAAUACCCUGCGAUUUUGAAAAGCAGGUUAUAGAAGUACACAUUUUGAAUGCAUUUCCAGAAUCCACAGGCUCUUCUAACAACAACCAUAUAGAUUUUAAACUCAUAAACUGUAAAUAUGACCCGAUAUCUUUGUUUUAAUUAGGUUAGAAAUUGUUAUCAUGCAGCAGAUGAAAUGGUUUUUUGUCCAGGCUCUUGGAAGAGUCUUUGUAUGUUCUGGAAACAACUUUAGAACAUCUGUAAGUGUUGUUAGGCGACCUUUUGAGUUUAUUAAAGAUGGGCAGUAUAUAUUUUUCAGACAUACAGGUGCUUACCUCUGAAGCUAACUAACACCGUGCUGCAACCAAACCACAGAUAUAUAUAUAUAUAUAUAUGUAGACUGUAUAAGUAUGUACACUGUUUGGUUUGACGUCCUAUUCCAAUCCUAGUAGAGUGUCAGUAUGGGUUCAGCUGCUCUGAUGUCAAAAAUCUGUUAGUCUUUGUUUCUUAUCACUGUCCUGCCAAGUCUUCUCUGACUUAUUGUACACAUCUACGUUCCUGAUUGGACAUUUGUAUAUACACUACACUGUGUAAUAUGUGUGCAUUCUGGGAAGCUGCAUAUUUUAAAGUGCCUUCUAAGUCUGAUGUUAGCUCUGAAAAAUAUAACUAUCCACAGACAGCACGAGGUUCUGAAAUUGACCGAACAACCUGACACUGAGUGUAAACCAGUACAUUGUGACCGAUCCACUGAACGCUGACCACAUGCAGGUUGUAGAAGUAAUCAGGACAGAAACACAUUACCUUCACCAAAGAGACAUUAUAGAGAUGCUACGCUGUAAUUACGAGAUAGAAGGAUCUCAUAAAUGCAACAUCUGUAUAGUGAUUAUAACAUCUGUAUCUCGUACUAAUUGGUUAAAAAUACAACAUAUGGAAGUCAUAAUUACAAUGCGUCCUGUCUACAAUGCACUGCUGUAAAUGAGGGAGGCUGCAGGUGUCUGUAUUUGAGUCAGCUGGAACAGACGGAGCCGACAAAUGAUGUCACAGAUUUCACUGUUUAAAUAUAUGGGAGGGGACGCUCAGAUGAUGGAGCGCAGCAUAAACUUGAUGUUUCUGACAGUCUGUAUGUUUGUCUUUAUUGGCUGUUUGCAACCAGAGACAAUCACAUUGUUAUUGCUUCUAUGUUUUUAUACUGAAUAUACACUGAGCUCUGUCAAGUCUUUGUACGCGGGAACGUGGUGACGACAAUCAUGUUGGUUGAUCAGUUUCUUUUAAGUUUGUGAUUUCUUUUUUUUAGUUUGUGAUCUCCUUUGUGAAAAAAAGACUAAAAUCCAAUCAAUAAAUCCUGCUUUUUUACAUUG